AUGGUUAAAUCGACAAAUCGACCAAAAUAUUUUUCAUAUAGUGGUUUUGAUGAACGUCUUGAUAGUCUUCGUGCUGAUGUUAUUGUUGUUAUUGAUGAUGUUGAAUCAUUGGAAAAAGAAUUUUCUGAAAGAUUUAAUAUGCCUGUUCGAUAUAAUUUAACAAAUACACGUGGUUUUUCAUUGGAAAUUAUUGGUGAAUUUAAAGGUAUUUUACCAACGAAUGUUGUAUCAGUAGCUAAAAGACAAAAAUCAACAUUUAUUACAACACUUCAAUUAGCUCAUUUAUCUGAUCGAUUUGAACUUUUAUAUAAUGAUAUAUGUCUUCUAACAGAUCAAAUUAUUUUAAUUCUUCUUGGAAAAAUUCGACCACAUUUUGGUUGUAUGUAUAAACUUGUUGAAGCAAUAUCAAUUAUUGAUAUGAUUCAAUCAUUUGCUGAAGUAUCAAAAGCACGUGAUUAUAUUCGACCUAUAUUUGGAUCAAAUACAAAAAUAAUUAAAGCACGUCAUCCAAUAAUUGAUUUAUUUGGUCAACAAAAACCAAUUCCUAAUGAUAUUGAAUUAUGUAAAGAAAUGAAUGUUAUUCUUAUUACGGGACCAAAUAUGAGUGGAAAAUCAACAUAUUUACGACAAAUAGCAUUAUUACAAAUAUUAGCUCAAAUUGGUUGUUUUGUACCUGCUGAACAAGCUCGAUUUCGUAUUGUCAAUGAAAUUUUUUCAAAAAUUCGUCAACAUGAUAAUUUAUUUAUGGGACAAUCAACAUUUUCAUCUGAAAUCAAUCAUAUUGCAUUUAUUCUUAAUUGUCUUGCUUUAGCUACAAGUAUAACUGAAACAUUAUGUCGUUCAGAAUCAUUUGUUAUUCUAGCAACACAUUUACAACAAUUAACAUCUAUUGGUUAUAUAUAUCGAAAUCUUGCUAAUUAUCAUUUUGAUAUUAUUUAUAAUGAUAAAAUUCAUAGUGAUAUUGAUAAUGAUUCAAUAAAUCGUUUACAUCAUUUUCAAUCACAAAUUAUAUUUGAUCAAAUAAAAGAACAAAAUACAAUUAUUUAUUCAUAUAUACUUCGACCGGGUAUAUGUAAAGAUCUUCAUUAUGGUAUUACUCUAGCUUCACAAAUUGAAGAUUUACAAACAGUUGUAGAAUUAGCUAAAUGUAUAGCAAAAUAUUAUAUGCGAAAGAAAGAGUCGAUUAUAAAUCAAAUAUCAAAUAUUCCAAAUUUAUUAAUGAAACGUGUUAUAAUAAUGAAAAGUUUCUGUGAUUUAAUUUAUGAUAUAUCAAAUAGUACAAUGCAAUUUAUUGAACAACAACGUAUUUAUCUUGAAAAUUUUCAAAAACGUAUGCAUCAAUAUUGGACAACAUCAUCAUCACAUGAUGAUGAUGAUGAUAAUAAUAUUUUAGUUGAAUCAAUUUCAUCACCUACAAUUGAAAAUAAUUAA